AGUAGUCUGAAGGAGUCCUGGUGGAAACCCUGGUCUUCAUUUCAGCGCCAGAGAUCCAAUCGAUCGAUCUGCGUGGAUUGAGUGCGAAAUUGGUUGAAUUGUUUGAAUUUCAGCAGAGAUGGAUGAAGAGUACGAUGUGAUUGUGCUGGGGACGGGUCUCAAGGAAUGCAUCCUCAGCGGGCUUCUGUCCGUCGAUGGCCUGAAGGUUCUACACAUGGAUCGCAACGACUAUUAUGGUGGAGAGUCUACUUCGCUCAAUCUCAUUCAGCUUUGGAAAAGAUUUAGAGGAAGCGAUAAGCCACCAGCUCACCUGGGCUCCAGUAGAGACUAUAACGUUGACAUGAUCCCUAAGUAUAUCAUGGCAAAUGGUGUUCUUGUGCGAGUCCUCAUUCAUACUGACGUUACUAAAUAUUUGUAUUUCAAAGCUGUUGAUGGCAGCUUUGUUUACAACAAAGGAAAGAUUCACAAGGUUCCUGCAACUGACAUGGAAGCUCUCAAAUCUCCACUAAUGGGCAUAUUUGAAAAGCGCCGUGCCCGAAAGUUUUUCAUUUAUGUCCAAGAUUACAAUGAAAGUGACCCUAAAACACAUGAAGGAAUGGAUUUGACCAGAGUUACUACCAGAGAGCUUAUUGCAAAGUAUGGUCUAGAUGACAAUACUGUGGACUUUAUUGGUCAUGCUUUGGCACUCCACCGUGAUGAUCGUUACUUGGAUGAGCCAGCUUUGGACACUGUACGGAGGAUGAAGCUUUAUGCCGAGUCUUUAGCACGUUUUGCUGGAGGAUCACCAUACAUCUACCCUUUGUAUGGCCUCGGUGAGCUUCCACAGGCAUUUGCUCGCCUCAGUGCUGUUUAUGGUGGAACUUAUAUGUUGAACAAACCUGAGUGCAAGGUUGAGUUUAAUGAGGAAGGCAAGGUAUGUGGUGUUACAUCGGAAGGGGAAACGGCUAAGUGCAAAAAAGUUGUAUGCGACCCUUCCUACCUUCCCAACAAGGUUAGGAAAGUAGGCAAGGUUGCCAGAGCCAUUGCUAUAAUGAGCCAUCCGAUUCCAAAUACCAACGAUUCUCAUUCAGCACAAGUUAUACUACCUCAGAAACAGCUGGGUCGCAAAUCGGAUAUGUAUUUGUUUUGUUGCUCGUAUUCUCACAACGUUGCGCCAAAAGGGAAAUUCAUCGCUUUUGUCUCAACUGAAGCGGAAACCGAUCACCCGGAGACCGAGCUGAAGCCGGGGAUUGAUCUUCUCGGACCUGUGGAUGAGCUUUUCUUUGAGACAUAUGACAGAUAUGAACCCGUCAACGAGCCUUCCCUCGACCAUUGCUUUAUAUCAACAAGUUAUGAUGCCACCACUCACUUCGAGUCCACCGUGGAGGAUGUGCUGAGUAUGUACACUCAGAUCACUGGAAAGGUUCUGGAACUUAAUGUCGAUCUAAGUGCCGCGAGCGCUGCCGAAGAGUGAAAGAAGUGCCGGGCCAUGCCGCCUGUAUUGUUGAAACAAGUGUGCGUGUGUUGUUGUUGUUGUACUUGCUUGUGUUUCUCGGUCGAUGGAAAGCGAGACAUAUAUAUGUAUGUACACGUACACAUAACAUGCCCGUGAAUCUGUUCCCGCCUAACUCAGUGUUGUUAUCGUUGUUUUUUAUUUGGUGGCAACCAUAGCUCUCGAUAUUUGUUA